AAUUCGGCAAGGGUCCAUCUUAGAUCACAUAGCCGGACCAAGCCAACUGGAAACUGUGAAGUCCGAAGCUCUUUUAAUCAGUGGAGAAAUCCUUGAUAAGUUGAUAUCGAUUAUCCGUGUCUGUUGUUACCCUUUCUACCUUCAAAGUCUUUCAUAUCUAUUUCUAAGAGUCGAAACAACGUACCGUGUUUGACCAACCCAAACAACAUGGCGUCUGCACCACCCAACGAGAUCAUCGUAUAUCACUAUCCAUUCUCUCCAUAUGCGCGUAGGGUUCUUUGGUAUUUCCAAUUACAAGGUAUCCACUAUGGCCAGUGUGUCCAACCGCCCACCCUGCCCCGUCCCACCCUUGAGGCUCUAAAUGUCAACUACCGCCGUAUUCCCCUCAUGUCAAUCGGACGUACGGUCUACUGCGACUCGCGACUCAUCCUGCGAAAGCUAGAAACGCGCUUUGGUUCUACUCCGAAAUCAAGCAACCCCAAACUUGGCCUGGCUCCCUUGACAACGCCAGACCAAAAGGCACUGGCGAAUCUCUUCGAGCGAUGGACAGGGGAUGGUGGCGUGUUCGCCAGGGCAACGAAGUUGAUCCCACUUGACCUUCCAGUCAUGAAAGACGCGAAGUUUCGGGAGGAUCGCUCGUCGUUUGCGGGGGGCAAGCGAAGCUGGGAUCCGGAAGCCAUGCGCCAAGCUAGACCAGAGGCACUGGCAGGCAUUCGCGAGCAACUUGAGUGGUUGGAGAGCGGGUUGCUCAGCGAUGGGAGGGAGUGGGUGCUUGCAACCCCGAAAGCCAGCAUUGCGGAUAUCGAAGCGAUCUGGCUGUUUGACUGGCUUAUCGAAAUGCCUGGAGCCCUCCCUGCUGAGUGGUCCAAGCAAUUUCCUCGGGUGUGGGCUUGGGUCGCACGAUUUCGUGCAGUGUUGAAAGAGACGAGGAACUUGGCUCCUAAGGCUGUUACCUUCAAGCCGGAAGAGACGGUUUCUUACGUUCUCUCUGCGCAAUUCGCCCCUGUACUCGACUCUGCAGGCCCUGCAGGACAAGUGGAGUGGGUUGAUCCGGCCGAUUCCCUUGGAUUGAAAGCCGGCGACAGUGUUACUGUUUGGCCUAUCGAUUCGGGAAUGACACACAAAGACCAGGGGAAGCUCGUCCGUCUGUCGGUCAACGAAGUCAUCAUUGAGAAGGAGGUGAAGGGUUCCACCAUCAGAGUAUCCAUGCCUCGAUGGAAUUUCCGGAUAAUUAAGUCUUCCUCCGCAUCGAAGAUCUAGGCUGUCCUUCCUUUUCUAUUACGACCUGGAUGGACCUAGAGCAUAAGGAACGCGGCCAAAUUCUCCGGGUAGGACCGCAUUGGUGUGGCU